AUGGCCCUCGCCUUCACCUCCUCCGUCCCCUUCCCGGCCGCCGCUGCCCCCGGUCUGCUGCAGCAGCAGCAGCAGCAGGUCCACGUCGUCGGAGGCGGCCGCGUGCUCCUCCUCGGGUCAGCACCGUCGCCGGGCUCGGGCACGUUGGUCCUUGCUGUGUCUGUGCCGGCAGUCGGAGGUGCGAAGGCGCCGGCUCCCCUUCGCUGCGCCUGCGCCGCUGGAGACAAUGCUUCGCCGUCCGACAAGGAGAAGGCCUUUCUGGAGGCCAUGGAGGAAGCGCGCGGCAAGUUCCACGCCGUCAUCAGCGCCGGCGACAAGACCGUCCUGGAGCGCCUCGCCAUCACCGCCAAGGACAGCCUUGGCCUCCUGGCGAGCAUGACGAAGGAUCAUCCCUUCCCGCUCCCCGACGCCAUGUACCAGGAGGUGGCGCGCAUCACUUGGGCGUUCCUGGAGGUAGAGGGCGAGUGCGAGGGCGGCUACGCCAGCGCCGACACCGUGCUGGCCGCCAUCGAUGCCUUGCGCAACAUGUCCGUGACCUUCCUCGGCUCCGGCGUGGAUGACCCGGAGUGGCACCCGGCUUUUCUCGGCGACGUCUCCGACGAGGAAGACAAGGCCAACUACCUGCUCAACCUGGCCAACGGCUUCUGCCUGUUCCACUUUAAGCUGCUGUGUCGUUACCGCCAGGCUUCUCCGGCCAUGGAGGAGGAGGCUCCCGUCGUCGCCUACAAGUACCCGUACCAGGCCAUGCUGGUGCAGAAUGACAAGGAUCUCGCCGAGCACCUCCGCACCACCGCCAAGGACUGCCAAGGAUUCCUCGCAAGAAUGAUGGCCAAAGUUCGCGUCUUGCCUCUCCCCGAUGUCGUCUGCGAGGAGCUCAUUGCCAUCGGCAAGUCCUUUGUCAGGGUCGAGGUCGAAUGCGACAAGGGAUGCGCCACCACCGGCAGCGUCGUGGCUGCGAUGGACGGCCUCACGCGCGUCACCGAGAUCAUCGCCGGCAGUGGCAGGGCGAAAACCCUCAAGCCCUACGACCUGAGGCCCACCGUCGCCAUCACCGGCGACCAAGAGAAGCUGGCCUUCAUGUGGGAUUUGGCCGCCGCAUUCAGCGUCCACUUCUACGACGUCAAGUUCCGUUGCGCUGACUUCUUCUGAUGUUUUAUGCCUAGUGCUUGUGCGGGCUGAAAGAAGAACUACCAUAUGCUCCUAGUAGCUUCUGUGUUGGAUCCAAAGUUUUAAAUAGCGCGCUAAGCCUCUUAGCGGCGGACCUCUUCUAAACGCUAUAGCGCGCUAUAGCGGAGCUAUAGCACGCUAUUUAUAAUGUUUGUUUAUUUGUUUGGACCAAAGUCUUUUAGCGCAAGAUCUUUUGUAAACGCUAUAGCGUGCUAUAGCGAAGCUAUAUAUA